AUGAUUUCAUUCCAUGCGCGCAUUCUUAUUCAAGAACCUAGUUUUCAGGAAAACGCACCUCCCAAAGUGGUUUUCCUUGCUCCUGAUGAGAACAUCUUUUUGUCUUUUGACAAAAAUACCGUGAAGCUCGAACUAAAUGAAAAUCAAGCACGUAAUGGAAUCAAUUUUACUCCGCGGGAUCAUGAUGCGGAUCGCAAGCAAGGCGAAAAUGACAAUGGCAAACAGCAACAAAAACAGGCUGGAAAAAACAAUGCAAAAGGAGAGAAGGCAAGCAAUGCAAAGGAUAAUCCGUUUUGGAAACGCCCGGAAAUUGCAUUUUUAGUCCUUGCUACUUCGUUGUACUAUUUCUCUAGUAAGCUCUUUGAUCUUUCUUCUUCGCUGGCAUUAGAUCGCCCUCCAAUUCAAGAAAUUUCUUUUGAAGAAUUUCUUCUAUCCUCCUAUUUGAAAGAAGGCCUCGUGUCAAAGCUACUAGUGGCUUCAGAUAAAACACGCGUCUAUGUUUUUCUUAAAGAUGAAGAAAAGGACGCAUCGAUGGAUGAGCAAGCACGUCAGACAGCAAACGAAGAGAUUCACACAUAUAGAAAAAAAUUGUUCCCAUCUCUCAUGUUUACCAUCGGAUCUAUGGAAAAUUUUGAAAAGCGCCUUUCAGAGGCGUUUCAAUCGCGUUCAAUCUCGAUGGUUCCCGUUGUUUGGGAAGUAAAUCAAACAUGGCCCAAUGAGUCUGGUCGGCAGAAUCUCGGUCCUUCAUCGCUAUUAACCAAUGGCCUGAUCUUUUUUGAAAUUCUGAUAUCUGUCCUUCCGCUGGCGUUUAUAGGAUAUGUCAUGUGGAAGGGGUACUCAUUAUCGCAAAAGGGUGGGCUUGGUUCCGGAUCUGGUUCCGGAAACCCUUUGGCCAGGGUUUUCAAUGCCGGAAAAUCAAAGGCAAAGCUUUAUAAUGCGCAAACUGCCCAAAAAGUUCGCUUUAAAGAUGUGGCUGGAAUGGAUGAAACCAAACUCGAAAUUUCGGAGUUUGUAAAAUUUCUUCGAGAGCCACAAGUAUAUGCAGAGCUUGGAGCACGCAUCCCAAAAGGCGCCAUAUUGAGUGGACCCCCUGGAACCGGAAAGACCCUUCUCGCCAAGGCGAUGGCCGGGGAGGCCGAGGUUCCAUUUCUUUCCAUUUCGGGGGCCGAAUUUGUGGAAAUGUUUGUUGGUGUCGGUGCUUCUCGUGUCCGUGAUCUAUUUGAAGAAGCGCGAAAAAUAGCACCUUGUAUUGUGUUUAUUGAUGAGAUCGAUGCAAUUGGAAGGGCUAGGGGCCGCUCCUCGCCCAUUGGAGGCGGGGGAAAUGAUGAGCGGGAAUCGACGCUAAAUCAGCUGCUUGUGGAAAUGGAUGGCUUUUCAUCAUCUCAAGAAGCACCCGUGGUGAUAAUAGCUGGCACCAAUCGACCAGAUGUACUUGACCCGGCACUGUUGCGCCCUGGACGAUUUGAUCGCCAUAUUUCGAUUGAGCGGCCCGACGCCAAUGGACGGAAACAAAUUUAUCUUCUACAUCUGGAGCCGCUCAAGCUUGAUCCAAAAUUGGAGAAAGGAGAAAUAUCUGCUCGUUUAGCAUACAUGACACCUGGAUUUGUUGGUGCCGAUAUUGCAAAUGUUUGCAACGAAGCAGCUCUACUUGCGGCCAGGCUCUCCCAAACAUAUGUGAAAGGAGAACAUUUUGAGGCGGCCGUGGAACGCGUCAUUGCUGGAAGCGAGCGUCGAUCGCGUGUGCUUGCCACAGAGGAGAGGUCGAUUGUGGCCCAUCAUGAGUCUGGACAUGCACUUGUUGCCUGGUUCUUAGAACAUGCGGAUCCGGUGAUGAAGGUAACCAUUAUUCCUCGGUCUUCUGGUGCUCUUGGCUUUGCCCGCACAUUGCCUUCUGACGGGCUGCUCCUCAGCAAAGCCCAGCUGAUGGAUCGCAUCUGCGUGGCUCUUGGAGGCCGCAUAGCGGAAGAGGUGAUCCUUGGACGUGCAUCGAUCACCUCUGGAGCACAAAAUGAUCUUCAAAAGGUGACCGAAAUGGCAUAUGAUGCCGUAAGCGUACUGGGCAUGGAUGAUCGCAUUGGGCUCCUCUCAUUUCCAAACACAGAGAGAAGAUUUGGGGCCCCACCGCCAUACUCUGACGAGACCGCUCGGCUUAUCGACGCCAGAGUCAAGAUUAUGAUAGACGAAUGCUAUCAACGUGCCCUGGAGCUGAUCUCUAGCCGUCAAAAAGCUCUGGAAGCACUGGCGCAAGAGCUGCUUUUGCGGGAAUCUCUUCAUAGAGAGGAUUUGGAGCGCAUCCUCGGGCCUCGACCAUUUAUCUCGCGCCAUGCUUACGAUCUGAGCAAGCACCGCGAACAAAUAUAG